AUUAUAAAGAACUUACCAAUUGCAGUUCAUCGAUUCGUAACGCAGGAUUUUCUUUUCGCUUUCAAAACAUUAAGAUAGAUUUUGUCCUACUCUCCAUACAUGCAACAAGAUACGUACAUCAAGUUGAAUCGUUUCUGAUCUACUUCGUUCUUCGAGUCGAUUUCGACGUCAUCUUUUUCAUGAGUUUACCAGCUAAAGUAGCACAACAUCGCACUACAAAUAUGUUCGAGUUCAACUAGCUGCUAAUGUGGUCCUUGGCGGUGGGGAUUGUCGUCACGCCGAUCCGCGCUUAUCAGAUGCAAGCCUUCUUACCAAGUUGAGAUACCCAAAAAGAUCGCGGAGAAGAUGGCCGAAGAUACUCGUCUGAUCUUCGUAACAAGCGAACGGAAUAACAACAAAGAAGACUUAAGCUUCGAAUAUCUCGCUCUGAUCAACAAGUUCCGUAUUAAUCCGGGACUCGCGGAGAUUUUGCAGGAAGCUGCCCCUGGGCGUGUGUGGGAGCUAGUGAACAAGGACAACCAGAGCGCCAGUACCGGAGACGAAAGUCGCACCAUCCAGGUGGACGGACCACCCCGAAACGCGUCAUAUUUUCCGCACGAGAUGUUGCUCAGUGACGUCGCCGAUAUUAUGCUGGUGGGAUCGAUCGGCUUCUUGGAUGUGCUAGAAAAGCAUGAAUUAUACACCUGCAAUGCGGUUAAGGACCACAAGCGGGCUCUUGUUGUCCCAAUGGCACGUUUCGGUGUCGGACUCGCGGAACGUCUUUGGAAAAAUACAAUGAGUAUCAGGGACACUUAUGGGCUCCCGAAUCCACUUCUAGAGUCGGAGUGGACAUCGAAGUCGAGGGACAGAGCGCUGGGAGACAACGCUUUUACGCGAACUGGGGUCGAGAAAGAUAAAGAAGAGUAUGUAAAGAAGGUGCUGAACGUGCUUGAAGACGCGACUGCAGAGCUGCGGAAGUAGGAAUGUGCGGAAGCUUCCUGUAUCCAUUUUUAGCAUUAACUUUUGGGCUUUGCAAUUUUGAGCGUCGCGUGACCGGUGAUGAAUUGUCGCACGACUGUCACCUCAUUCUACGAAAUGUAGAAAGUACACGUCGAACGGGUAAUGGCUUUUCUUUGCAAGUAGUAGGAAGAACGAAGUGUGAAAACCUUUCUAGGCAUUUUUUGGAUUAUAAACCCAUUUCUUGAAUCUGGGAGAGAUAAAGGUAAAGGUAAAUAAGCAGUGUUUUGUCAACAAUUGAAUGAAGUUGAAGAUGGAUCUGAAAGUGGUAGGUAAGUAGUGUUCUCGUUAUUCUUGAUAUCAGGACCUUUUUUACUCAAACGAUCCCAACGCUGGUUCCUCCUCCUAAAAAAGUAUUUUCAUAGUGGUGCUGGAGGUCUAAAUAUGUCACUAGUACAUCAUAUCUCAGUCAUACUAGGUAAAUGAAUGAAUGAAUCAGGAGUUGUUGGCUCGACGUAGUUAUCUUAACUAAUAGUAUGUUGACUACCACUUAUAAUUUUGAAAGAUACAUGUCCUCACCAAAAACUUUUCGAAGAUACAUGUGAUCGAUUCCAAUUGAAAUGGAUGGAGCUGAAAAGGUUGAUGAUCAUGAUUGAAUGCGAGGCAAAUCAGGAUACUUUAUGUUUACUUAUGGCAUGGUCAACAAAUGUAAGUGUGACAAUUUAGACCACUGCAAUGCGCUGUGACUGUGACACUGGUUCAAGUCGACCGGCG